AUAUAAGGACUUUAGAAAUUGCCACCAUAGACAUGUUUUUCUAAAAAAAAAUCCAUGAGUUUAGAUAAAGCCAAACAGUGAGACAUUUAGUUAAAAUGUGGAAACAUGAGAAAAAGAGCUACAGACAGAUAGGGGAAAAGGCAGACAGAAGAGCCCUCCCCCGCACUGCAGAGACCUUGAAGGUUGGAGAGCAUAGAGGAGAAGUUUUAGAAGGGGAGCCAGGACAGGCAAAGAUAACAGAAUGUGUAGAUAACAGUUACUGAGUGGAGACAAAAGGGAGAAUUGGACAUGUGAAAAAUGAAAGGGGCGCUCCUACAUGAUAAUGUCAGAACAGAAGGAUAAUAUACUAACCUUACAUAAGUCAUUAUUUAUAGUAGGUAAGGUUGUUACCUGGGCAGAGCCAGGUAUCAAAAGGGGGAUGGGUAAAUUGUGGUCUAGGAUAGGAUGGGGCCUGUUGGAUAAGAAACUAAUCAUUUAAAAAAAUGUAGCUAACAAAUGGGCAUAGAAGUUAAAGAUAUAAUCAGAUAAAACAUAUGAGAAACUGUUUGUUAACCAAGCCUGUAUGUCCAGGAUUUUAUGCAUUACAGGUGAACUACAGGUGAAGUCACUCAAUCCAGUCCCAGAGGCUUGUUGGGGGGACCAUACCAAGGACUCCUGGUGACAGCUAGCUGAAAGAGCUACCCGGAUUCAUAUCGCACGGCGGGAGGGUAAGACACACACUGUUGAACAAUAAACAGUGUUCGAGAGGAGAACUGGAAUUAACAGAAUUCCGGGGGCCAUCUCUCCAAUGAAGUAACCCUCCCUGUCCUGUCACCCCUGUUUUUGUUCAUAGAAGUGAAGAUGUGUCUGGCUCUUGCUAAGUGAUGUGUUCUCGGGGAAAGGGUGGGGCUUCACAUGGAAGCUGUUCGUCUGAGCUGUUUUAUCGUGGGUGACAUAUUCCUGAUACAGCACGUCCUACUUGAGUAUGCGGAGAGUGGUAAUUUGACCCAUGGUUUAGACGAUGAGGAUUUUGUUCCAAAAUAAGCAUAAGAGAUCCCUAGAUCUGGGUAGACAGUUAGAGUAGAGGUUGGGAAGGAUCUCUCAAUGGAGUUUUAUGUAGACCAAAAUGGAGUCUCUAACUACAUGGCAGUCUAGGACACUGAGCCAUUAUGGCAUAUAUCGGUGCAGGUUCCCAUAUUGAUCGUGGACACAGGUCAUAGCUCAUUUGGAAAGAGAGGGCUAUAUGAAUCCACUCACCCAGUAUGGAAGUACAAAGUAUACAUUGACAACAUUGGGGUUCCACGGACGUGGACUGGAUUAAUUAUAUUUAUUAUAAUCAACAGCGCUUUAACAAUUAUACCAGAGAUGCUAUUAAAGGUUUUGCAGAACAGACUGAAGCAACCAGCCUGAUGGCUUGGCAGAAUAGAAUUGCAUUAGAUAUGUUAUUGGCUGAAAAGGGAGAAGUAUGCGUGAUUAUCGGGACCAUGUUUGUGCUUACAUCCCAAAUAACACAGCUCCGGACGAAUCAGUGCCCGAAGCCUCAGCUGGUUUGACCACCCUGGCUCACGGUUUGGCAGAAAACUCUGGGGUGGAUACUUCUCUGACUAAUUGUUUUGAUAAGUAUGUUCGGAAAAUGGGAAAAAAUAUUAUGAUCACUGUAUUAUGGGCUACAUUCACCUGUGUGACUGUUUUAGUUUUAUGGGGCUGUUGUCUAAUUCCCUGUGUAUGAGGCCUUAUUUCCAGGACUCUGGAGAAAUCGAUGGAAAUAGAUGGUGAGGUACCAGCGGAUUCCAGGUUCUGACCCGUGGAGUGCUGAAUGUAUGUCUACAGAACAAGUGGACGAAAAUGAUAAAUUAAAUUAUAUUAAAUUGGGAGGGUGUCCGUAUGAGGAUUACAUGAUAACCGACUUGGGACAGUUCUGGGAUUGGUGAAGAGGGUAUCCUUAUAGCAUAGGGGAUCCCACAAAGGUGGAUAGGUUUUCCAUGAUAUGGGGAAAACCUGGGAGCACGGUUGAACUUUGUAAAGGUGAUGAAAUCCUACUAACCAUCAAAACUAUUAAGCUCUCUGAUGCAGGCACUUACACCCUCGGACUACAAAGGACCGGGACAGACACGAUGGGUGUGUUUUCUAUUAAGGUACUGCCAAAACCAGAGGUCCCAGACGAACCAGGGCCAGACACACUCCUCUAUCACCCCUGGACCGAACCUGCCACCUAUCACCACUGUGUCAAAUCUCAUUCAGGUAAUUAACGUUAGAGACUAUUCAGCUAUUGAUCAAUUAGGCACUGAGACUGGUUUUGAUGGUAGUGACAAUUUGUGGCUGUCCUAUAUGAGGUAUACAGCUAAAACCCUGAGAAGAAAGGACUGCAUUAUUUGUAGUCAUGCUAGACCUGUUCUGGCUACACACCCAUUUGCUAUAGGAGAAGGAGAGGGGUGGUUGUGUAUUCUGAGAGGUUUUUACCAGGUUCAGCCCAAUUCAACUCUCUGUUCCUCUUUGAGCCUUGUGUUUCCUACAGUACCUCCUCAUCGGGCCCCUUGGGGUGUUAAGGCAUAUGGGGGCAAUUACAGUUGCAUCACGGGUACAGGUAAUGGCAUUGAUUAUGGGAGAUUGCCUGAAGCUGAUUGCAGCAGUAACAUAACCAUUAAUUCCACUUGGCCAGUUACAGGCCUAAACCAAACUAGUGGUCUGGCUGAUGUGUGGUGGAUCUGUGGACCCAUUCUUAGAGGAGACUGGCAAGGUACGUGUGCUCUGACCAUUGUUGAUGUUACUGCUGAACAGCUGUUGGGUUCUGUAUCCAGGGGACCUGAAAACAUUCCAUCCCAUGGGAGACAUAGACGUAGUGCUCCAUGGACAGAGGAUGUAGUUGACAUAUACACUAACCUGUUGGGGGUGCCAGUGGAGUUUCCUCAUGAGUUUCUGGCCUUGGGUAGGAAUGAUGGACUCUGGCACUUACUACCUAUUAUGGGUCCAGCCAUAGUGGAUGCUAGACAGACUGCAUGGAUUAAUUAUAUCUACUAUAAUCAACAGGGUUUUGUGAAUUACUCCCGUGACGCACUCACUGGUAUGUCUGAACAGCUUGAGGCCACAUCUAGGGUUGCCAGACAGAAUAGACUUGCUUUGGAUAUGCUUCUUGCCAGUCAGGGGGGCGUCUGCAAGAUGUUCGGUGAACAAUGUUGCACGUAUAUUCCUAAUAACACCAGUCCAGAUGGUAGUAUAUCUAAGGCCCUUAAUGAGCUUGAUGCACUAUCUGCUGAGAUGAGGACCAUGGCGGGGGGUGGAGGAGUCUGGGCUGUUCUCUUGGUUGGGAGCCAGCCUGGUUUGGUAAGUACACUGGUAUGGUGGUUACUGGAUUUCUGACCCUAAUUCUUGUAUUUUUGUUAUUGAUGUGUUGUGCUGCUUGCAUCAUACCGUGUUUUAAGAAGUCUGUUACAGAUGUGGUGAAGGCUUCAGGCAUGAUGAUGCCUUUGCUUGAUGCUCCAGUUGGAGAUGCUGAUACUGAAUCAUGCUUUCAGGGGAGGAUGAGACUGACUGAGGAUGACCCAUGGUAUGCUGUGGGUGAGGUAGUAGAAUAAAUAUUACACCACCACAGUUCCUUGUUUUACAUUUUUGUUUUAUGAUAAGUUUUCUUUCCAGUAUGUUUGUUCUCCCUGUUGUGAAGGUUUGGAGUCCCUGGGUGGCAUGCUGCCCACCUGGUGCAGGAUAGGAGUAGCUGAGAGGACCAGAUGGUUUAUAAUAAUGCUUUGCUCUGCUUUACUCUGUUUUCCAUGACCAAAGUUUUAUCCUAUAUCUUACAUGUCAAUAAACAAUAAAGUUUUAUCCAGUUUUUGAUAAGUGACUGUCAAAAGGGGGAGACAAAAGCAUAUAUCACUUGUCGAUUUUUUUUCUAUUUUUCUUGGUUGAUUUUUCUUUUCUGUAAAAAAAUAAUAAUAAUAAUAAUUAAAAAUAAUGUUUUAUUAUUAAUAAUACGCUUUUUUAUUAUUUUCAUGAAAUGCUAUUAACAUAUUACUAUGUUGGGACUGCUGAAAUAAAGGAUAAUAAGUGACACCCUAGCGGGUGUCAAAAGGGGGACUUAAAUUUCACACCAUUUUCUUUUAUUCUGUUUUUAAAUGAGCUGUUGUUCUCUUUUGACAUGAGGGUUUUAAGUUCCUAGGUGGCUGGUAGCCAAUCUAGUACAUAGUGGGACCGAAUGGAGGACAUGAAGGUAUUUUAAACUUUGUAACUGUUAUAUGAUUCAUUGCUGAAUUUUGGUUACACCCCAUAGGGUUGUAAAAAGGGGGAUUAUGAGGUUUCUGUGUUUUACACUAUAGCCAUUACCAUAUAUAUCAUUGAAUAUUAUCUGCUGUUGGCUUGUGUGGAUGUAUGUAUGUGUUAUGCAACAUAGCUGACUUGAAACAUUGUUAAAAGUUUCAAGGCCAUGGGCCUUUCUCAUGAUGGAAAAGUAGCAUGAAGACAGGAACUGUUCAAUGAGUUGGGAGGGGGGCACAUUCAGAGCAGGGUGUUGCGAGAACAAGCGGUCUUUUGUUAGAUAACAGGAGCCAGGUGCGAGAUAACAGUAUGAGCGCAUGGAUGUUCUUUGCAGCAACAGUUACAUCUAUCAGCAGAAGCGCCAAGAGGCGGGGACCCGCCUGAGCGCCUGCAAUAGGCUGAGCAAGUUUAAACCACGCCCAGUCUCUACUGUGAUAGACAGUUCCAACCCGUCUGUU